CCCGGCCGGACACAUCGCGCCCACCCGUCCGGCAUGGAGAGACAGCGCCUGUCCUCCUACGGCCGCCGCUUCGGCCCCUCCGUGCCCGUGUACCGGGUGCUCCCCGGCAGCCCCCCGGGCCGGCUCCGGGUGCCCCACAGCACCCAGCUGGGUCCACGCGUGGGUCCCCGCCUGGGCUCGGGCAAGAUGGACUUCUCACUGGCCACGGCGCUCAACUCGGAGUUCAGGGAGACGCGCACCAACGAGAAGGUGGAGAUGAUGGAGCUCAACGAUCGCUUCGCCAGCUACAUCGAGAAGGUGCGGCUGCUGGAGCAGCAGAACAAGGUGCUGGUGGUGGAGCUGAACCAGGCACGGGACCAGGAGCCGUCGCGCACGGCCGACAUCUACCAGGACGAGCUGCGGGAGCUGCGGCGCCGCGUGGAGCACUUGGCCACCGCCAAGGCCAGGCUGGAGAUGGAGAGGGACAACCUGGCCGAGGACCUCGGCAGCCUCCAGCAGAAGCUGCAGGACGAGGUGACCCUGAGGCUGGAGGCCGAGAGCAACCUGGCUGCCUACAGGCAGGACGUGGACAAUGCUGCCUUGGCUCGCCUGGACCUGGAGCGGCGCGUGGGGACCCUGCAGGAUGAGAUCGCAUUCCUCCACAAGGUCCAUGAGGAGGAGCUGCGGGAGCUGCAGGAGCAGCUGGCCCGGCAGCGGGUCCACGUCGAGGUGGACGUGAGCAAGCCGGACCUGACGGCCGCCCUGCGCGAUAUCCGCAGCCAGUACGAGGCCAUGGCCGCCAGCAAUGUCCAGGAGACCGAGGAGUGGUACAAGUCCAAGUUUGCAGAUCUGACGGAUGCGGCCGCCCGACACGCCGAGGCCUUGAGGGUGGCCAAGCAGGAGGCCAACGAGUACCGGCGCCAGCUCCAGGCCCUCACCUGCGACCUGGAGGCUCUGCGGGGCUCGAAUGAGUCCCUGGAGAGGCAGCUGCGGGAGCUGGAGGAGCGCUAUGCCCUGGAGACGGCUGGCUACCAGGACACAGUGGUGCGGCUGGAGGAGGACAUCCACAGCCUCAAGCAGGAGAUGGCCCAGCACCUGCAGGACUACCAGGACUUGCUCAACGUCAAGCUGGCCCUCGACAUCGAGAUCGCCACGUACCGCAAGCUGCUGGAGGGCGAGGAGAGCAGGAUCACCAUCCCUGUGCAGAGCUUCUCCAACCUGCAGAUCCGAGAGACCAGCCUGGACACCAAAUCUGUGUCAGAAGCCCAUGUGAAGAGGAGCAUCGUGGUCAAAACUGUGGAGACCCGAGAUGGAGAGGUGCUGAAGGAGUCCAAGCAGGAGCACAAGGAGGUGCCGUAGGGCGGGGGAGCCGCAGCAGCCGCGGCUCCGUCGGUCCCUCCCGGUGGGCAGGGCAGGGGGCUCGGGGCACGGGAGGGGUCGGUGGCGGCUCGGAGGGGGCACCUCCCUCCCGUGCACCCCUCGGCUCUCCCCUGCCCCCGUUCCCGGGGCUCCGCUCGGGGCUGGAGCCAGCAGAACACCCGCGGGACCGGGCAGCACCCGGGGCAGCCCAGCGGAUCCGGGCCGGGCUGAGCUCCCCACCGGGAAUGAGCUGCCACAUUCCCACAGCACUGGGCCCUGGGGUUUGGGGGCUCUUCCUGCCUCAUCCUGGGUCUCCAGGGAGAGUUUGUCCUCUUUCAAUCUCCCAGCACGAUGGUGGCAAGAGCAAUGUCCCUGCAUCCAGUCGGAUCCAUCUGGGAGACCUCCCUGGAUCUCCCCGGUGCACCCAGACCCUGAGCACCCUCGGAUGGGGGGCUGAGGGUGCGAGGUACCGGCUGGAAAGGGACAUUUCCCUGUCACCAAGCACUGGGUGAACUCAGCUGGGAGGCAGGGGCAGGAGGAAGGGGAGGAUGGAGAGGCAGGGGAGAAUGGAAGAGGAUGAUGGAAAGGAAAGGAAGGGGAAACGUGGAGAAGCAGUUUGUUCUUGGGUUGGUGCCAGGGGGUGACAAAACAGGCAUCAGAAGGGGUUCCUGAGGGUGCUGGGGUGUCUGGGGUGGGUUAUGAAGCUACACCGUGGCUCAAAGGCUUCUGCUGGCACAGAGCCACGAGGCUGUCCUGAUUGUAUUGGGUGACUGUCACCAACACUGGCAGGAAAAACCAGAUGUGAGGAGCUCAUGGUGAGGGGUGACCCACAGCUCUGUGGUGGGGGAAUCUCAUGCAGGUGAAAAUGGAGAGGAGAGGGGUGCAGAGAGGAGAAGGAAGGUGUCAGAGCACCUGUGAGGGUCUCACAACACAAGGUGCCACCUGCAACUAAGGAGUGACAGAGGAGUCUUGUCACUUGGGGGUCACACUGGGAGCCAGGGGCUGCCCCAGCCACAGUCCCUGCCCCACACAGAGCCUGAGUCACCCCCUCCAUGGGCAUUCAGGAUGGGAUUGGAAGAAACCCCUUGUCCCUGGGCUGCAUGGGGCCCUGUGUCCCAUUUGUCCUCCCCCAGGGUCGUUGCCCAGCCUGGUGCUCGCCCACAGCCCUGUCCCCACCUUGGCUGCAGCCCCUGAUCACGAGCAGGACCUGCCUGAUGCCACCUGACAUAGGAACAAUGAGCCAGCAGCACUUCCCGUGUCCUGUCAUCCUUGGGGAUGAGCAGACAGCUGCCCUUGGGUGCCGUCCCCUUGGUCAGGUGCUGAGCAGCUUUGCUCUGACUCCAGAAAAGCAACACCCAGCCCCAUAACUGCUGUUCCCAGGGCAGGAGGUGCUCUGGGUGGUGCCCAGGGUGGGAAUGCAGGGGGAUGGUGCAGGGCUGGGACACCGAGAGCAGCUUCCCUUGCUACAGAAUUAAUGCACUAACACUGCCUCAGCUCGGGAUGAGAAUAAAGCUAAUGAGCAUACUUGG